CUUCAUCCUACAAUUAAAAGAAACACAAUACAUAACAAUGUCAGAAUCUCAAACCUCUCAACCAAUUCCUCCCAAAUAUUUACAGGAGGAUGAACUAAGUGAAGAGUGCAAGAAAUUGCUCUUAACCCUACCCAAAGAAAGAGGAUGGAUUUCAUCGCAUAUCUAUAACUACCAAGGUUUCUGGAUAGGCCGAGCAACGACACUCCAAGGUGUGCUUGCAUUUCAGCAACAUUUUCAAGCUCAAGAUAGUGAUAUCAUUCUUGUUACUACUCCUAAAUCAGGAACUACCUGGUUAAAAGCGCUCGUGUUUGCUCUAGUAAACCGAAAGGAAUAUCCUUUUUCAGGACAAGAUCAUCCUUUACUUGUCAAGAACCCUCACGAUCUUGUUCCAUUCUUGGAACUUAAACUCUAUCUUGAUGGAAAAGUCCCUGAUUUCUCAUCCUUCACCUCACCUAGGUUGUUAUCGAGUCAUCUGGUGUAUGCUUCAUUGCCAAAUUCUGUCCAAGAUUCAGAAAGCAAGCUUAUUUACUUGUGUAGGAAUCCAAGGGACACUUUUAUUUCUUUUUGGCAUUUCACAAACACUUUAAGACUUCAUUACAUAGAUACUAGUUCGAUUGAAGAAGUGUUUGAUCUUUUUUGUAAGGGAGUGAGCCUUUUUGGUCCGUUUUGGGAUCACGUGUUAGAUUACUGGAAAAAAAGUUUAGAAAAUCCUAAAAGAGUACUUUUCUUGAUGUAUGAAGAAAUUAAAGAGAACCCCGAGAUUCAGCUGAAACGAUUAGCUAAAUUCUUGGAAUGUCCAUUCUCUAUAGAUGAAGAAAAAUGUGGAGUGGUGGAUGAAAUCUUAAAAAUGUGUAGCUUUGAGAAUUUGAGCAACUUGGAGGUGAACAAGAAUGAGAAAUUGUCGACUGGAGUGGAAAAUAAAGUGUUCUUUCGACGAGGGGAAGUUGGAGAUUGGAAGAAUUACUUCACAACUAAGAUGAUUGAGAAACUAGAUCACAUCAUUGAACAAAAGUUCCAAGGAUCUGGAUUAAGGUUUCGCUACAUUUGAUUUUUUGCCAAUAAUAAUAACCUUUAGUCAAUUUAUGUUUGAAAAUGAGAAGUUUGUCACAGUCUACUGUAAAUAUGUGUUACUACUUGUUUGGCAAAAUAAAAGAAUGCAGAUCCUUUCCUAA